AUGUCCAAGAUUAGUGCGGCCACAGCUGCACUAGAACUCACCAAAAUGGUGUUGAUAAUAGCAGCGAAUACAACUUGCCGAAUGGUGAGCGUCGGUAAAUCUGAAAUCGUGAAGCAGUACCAGGAAUACCAACACCGUGGAACCCCUCAGCAACAAGAAGCCAUAAAACUCUUCAGGGAAAUGACCCUAAAGGGUAUCGCAAUGGCGAAACCUGGUCUAAAAUCUGCCGUUGGAAAAAUUGGAGAAGCCAAACAAAAAGUCGAACAAAAAGCUGCAGAAAAAUCACCGUCUGACAAACCCAAGAAGUAA